AUGCCCGCAAUGCUUCAAGAGCACCGCGCCACCUUGUACCUAAUCAUGCGCGGACCUGUGUCGGGUCCCGUACCACGCAAGGACCUCAUCGAGGCGCUCCGAGACGGCCUCGGGGCUUGCGUCGAAGUCACCAAGUGCGGAAUUAGUGCGACAUUCCGCCCAGGUGCAUGUCGUUUCGACAUACAGAAAGGCACGGCGCUCGGAUUCCACAGACCCCACGGCGGCAAGGGGUCGAGGAACAAGAAGGAAAAACGUCCAGACGUGGUCCCUGAACACAUCGCUCGCAUAAAAGGCAAGGAGCUCGCGGAUUUCAUCGGACUCAGCCACCACGCGACUGGCUGGAAUGGCGCGGCGUGGCGCGCCCUCUGCAACAAAGACUGGUCUCGGAGUAGGGCCGCAUUCGAGGUAGAUUAG